AUGCUUGAGAAAAAAGCUUCACUAGGGUUGGAAGUAAAUUUACGUGCAUUAUAUCAGACAAGUGUUUAUACUUGUCAAGUACUUGACAAUUGGAAAUUAGUUAUCGAACCUAUUUAUUAUCGUCGUAAUUGUUCAACUGUCCAGUAUAUGAUAGUUGAAUAUGCUACAUCAUCCUCAUCUCGUCGACGUCGUGAAAAGUGGAGUCAUUCAUGUUCUCAUUCAUCACCAGAUAGAGAUCAAGGAGAACUGAAGAAACGUGAUAAUUCAAUUGAAAAAUUAGAACGUGCUAUAGAAGAACGGGUAUUAUUAAAAAAAUCAGAAAAACCUACAGUUGAUGAUGCUGUUGAUGUACACCCAGCUUCAGGUGAUGCCUACUUACGUACUCCCGGACCUGCUAAGGAACUUGAAGAUAGCACAAGUGGAAAUGCUGAGAAUAUUUUGAGAAAUCGAUUGGAAUAUGAAUUAUAG